AUGCGUCCCUUCGCCUUGUUCACCACUUUAGUUAUUGCUGCAUGUGUCUUCGUGCAGGGCGCGCCGGUAUCAGAAGUGGGACUUCAGACAACGGAUGGUGCGUUCGAACUGGAGGCGGCCAGCCACCAGUUCGAUGCUCGUACGACCAAGGCCAAGGUAGCGAAGAAACCCGCGAGCGCAGCCGCAGCCGCAUCUGCCCCCAAGGGUGCCGGCGCAAAGCCAGUGGGCAAGACCACCGCGGAUAGCUCGACCAAAUCCGCCAAGAAAACAUCCAGCACGCCCGCAAAAAAGUGCGCGGCGCUCCAGGGAUGCGCUGGAUGCACCGCCAACUCGGCGUGCGGGUUCAGCAAGACGACGUUCAAGUGCGAAUCGAAGAAGCACACGGGGCAGAUAACUGCUGAGAAUAAGCAGGGGUGUGCGCUGAUGAAUCAAAUGCAGGGGCUUUUCCAGGCGGUGAAUGGCAAGAGCGCUGCAGGGGUGAUCCCGGCGGCCGUGGCAUCCGAGUUUAACCACAUUUCCGGCCAUGUCUUGAAGGGCGAGGCGAGCAACCCGGACGCGGGCCGCCACACCAAGUCUGCGUGGCUCGCGACGCACAAGAACCAGACGCCAACCACGCAGAACGCGAAGACGCACAUCCUGCAGUUCCCUCCUCUGAAGACGGUCUGGGACGACGGCUUCUACGACGACACCGACAUAAAGAACAUGUGCGCGAUAAGCAUCGCCCUGCGCAAGAAGGCGGGGAGUGCGCGCGCGUCAUUCGUCGUGCAGACGCCGUUCGGCACGCCGAUCUGCGUGGAGACGUUCACGCAGGGGACCGGGAGCUGCUUCCCGGUCGGGACGGAUAAGCCGAAGCAGGGGCUUGGGCAGCAGUGUGGGCAGGGACAGGAUUGA